AUGGUGCGCGGCAGCCUGGAGGAGAUGGCGCCCAGCCUGUCCCUGCGGCACGACAUGGCCCCGCGCCUGUACCUGCUGGAGGAUCCGGGCGCCUGGGGCGCUCCGGCUGUGGUGCUCGCGCCGCGUGGACGAUGCCCUCUGCACGCUGUACGAGCCGCUGCUCCCCGCAAGGUCCGCCGCGCCCUGAGCUUCGCACCCGUGCCGUGGGGGGAGGUGCGCCUCGAGCCCUGCGGCGGAGCGCCCCGCGGGGCCGGCUGGGCGCUGUGGAGCCCGGAGGUGCGCCACGCCGCCCAGGCCGGCGGCGCGAAGAAGCUCGGGGGCGCGGCCAGCGGCGCACGCAGGGAGCUUCCGGGGGUCCGCGCGGAUGCGGGUCGGCGCGGGGCUCGCCUCGGCGACCUCCUCCUGCGCCGCCGCUGGCACGCCAAGCGCGCCAGGGGCGGAGAGUCCAGCAGCGGAGCAGGGGCUCUGCGCGGACCUCUGGCAGAACAGCAGCGGGAAGCGUCAG